GCGCCGCCAGCCGCUCUCCCUUCCGGAUCUGUCGGCUGCGCAUCCCCGAGGACCGACCCCCGACCCACCGACUCGCGGGUGGAGGAACCUGGGUCGGGCCCGAGCGCUCUGUUAGCCAGAGGCAGGCGGAGGAGACCGGCUCGGCCGGGGGCGAGCUGCCGCGGGUGCCCUGCGCGCCCGGGAGAGAGGUGGGAGGGAGGCACAGUUAGGCGAGGCCGCGCCGAGUAAGUGAGCUUGGGUCCGACUCGAGGUCGGGCUCCCGACCGAGACUGGUGGGCCAGGCCCAGGAGCCGGCGGUACCCUCGCUCCGAGGAGCACUGAGCGGACACUAGAGGGACGGACCGAGCGAGGACACAUGGCCUCGCCAUUCCUGCCCGCGGGGGCUACCACGGGCGACAGCGGCGGAGAGCUGAGCUCGGGGGACGACUCCGGUGAUGUGGAAUCCCUCCAGAGUCCCGAGACCGAGGCGUCCGGGAGUCUGACAGAGCUCUUUGAGAAGGCUGCAGCGCACCUCCAAGGCCUGGUGCAGGUGGCCAGCAGGGAGCAGCUCUUGUACCUGUAUGCCAGGUACAAGCAGGUCAAAGUUGGAAAUUGCAAUACUCCUAAACCAAGCUUCUUUGAUUUUGAAGGAAAGCAAAAAUGGGAAGCAUGGAAAGCACUUGGUGAUUCAAGCCCCAGUCAAGCAAUGCGGGAGUAUAUUGCAGUAGUUAAGAAAUUAGAUCCAGGUUGGAAUCCUCAGUCACCAGAGAAGAAAGGAAAAGAAGCAAAUACUGGUUUUGGUGGGCCUGUUGUUAGUUCUCUGUAUCAUGAAGAAAUCAUCAGGGAAGAAGACAAAAACAUAUUUGAUUACUGCAGGGAAAACAACAUUGACCAUGUAACCAAAGUCAUCAAAUCGAAAAAUGUGGAUGUGAAUAUGAAAGAUGAAGAGGGCAGAGCUCUACUCCAUUGGGCAUGUGAUCGAGGACAUAAAGAACUAGUUACAGUCCUGCUACAGUAUAGAGCUGAUAUUAACUGUCAGGAUAAUGAAGGUCAAACAGCUUUACAUUACGCUGCGGCCUGUGAGUUUUUGGACAUUGUGGAGCUGCUGCUCCAGUCCGGCGCCGACCCCACCCUCCGAGACCAGGACGGCUGCCUGCCAGAAGAGGUGACAGGUUGCAAAGCUGUAUCUUUGGUGUUGCAGCAGCACACGACUGGCAAGGCUUAAUCAAAGACUGGAAAACCACAGUCUGUAACAUCAGAGAGCUUCAGUGAUGAAAGAAAACUGCAAAAAAUAAUACUUCUUUUACCACCAUCUUUGGUAUACAUUGGCUAAUAAAAUCAGUUCUGAGGAACUAGGA